GCUUGGCCUGCCGAGGGGGAGAGGGGUGUAGAUGGUACUGCGCACACACUAAAGUCGAUCGAUGUGGAGAGAAUGAAAACUGUGACUGUGAAGCAUACUCUCGUUAUUUAACAAAUCGGGCACGUUGGUGGAGUGAAAGCGCGUCUGAGAACAGUGGUUACUUUGUGUGUGGUGCCGUGGCGCGGUGUUGGAGGAGGUAAACUAAUGCGCGGCGGUUUGAUGCCGGCGUGUGAACGUGUAUCCGUGUAGUAGUAGCCCCACCCUACCAUUCUGCUGUGCUGAGGCGAGGGCAAGCCGUAUAGCGGGUUCAUUGUGCAGCUUGAGCGCGGUACUCCCCGACGGCUAACAAACAUGGCGUCCUCGUGCGUCUAGUGGAGUGCUAACACCAGUGGAUGCUUGUCGCUGGGAUCGUGCGGUGCGAGCACGUUGGUAAAUAGUUGUGAAGAUGUCCACAGAUCGCCGUGUAUCGAACGUUUCACAUAAUGCGAUGGUUUCACGUAGAGCGGGAAAAAUUCUUUGGCGUCAUGUGGGCGUCAAGCGUGUUUCAGGCAGAUGGGCUGUCGGUUGCUGUUGGACACCCUGCGGGUGGUGGCCGACUGUCGCCAGGAAGUGGCCGAUGUUAUGGCUACUGUGGCCAGGCUCGCAAACGACCAAGAGGCGGCUGUGCGGUCAGAGCUGAUGGAGCACCUGCCCAACAUAGCCAUGCUGUGUCAUGAGGACAAGCACAGACUGCAGUCGCUGGUGGUGGAUGACAUCCUGCCUCUGGUCGUCAGGAACCUGGCAGAUUCAGACAACCAUGUUCGUAAGUGGUCCCAAGAAGCAUUAAUGGUUCUAAUGGAGCAAGGCCUUAUUGACAUGCAAGCUGUGGAAGAGAGAGUGUGUCCAAUGAUCCUGACGCUCACAGAGUUGGACAGUUUGGUUGAACUACACAGUUGUGCAGUUACUUUGAUGAGCAAAAUGGCACCUCUGAUUGGCCAAGCUGCUACUGAGAAAUUCUUCCUAGAUCGUUUUGCACUAUUGUGUGGCGACUCAGUAUUUUAUGUUCGGAAAGUUUGUGCAACUAACUUUGGGGAGUUCUGCUCUGUUGUUAGUACACAGUCUAUUGAGAACACAUUGCUACCUCGAUUCGUGGACUUGUGCUCGGAUAAAAUGUGGGGUGUCCGGAAGGCAUGCGCAGAAGUAUUCAUGUCGGUUUCCUGCGCGUGCACCAUGGAGAUGCGCAAAGGGACACUGGCAUCGUUGUUCGUCAAUCUGCUCUCCGACGUGUCGCGAUGGGUUCGCAUGUCAGCAUUCCAAACUCUUGGUCCUUUCAUAUCAACGUUCACCGAUCCACGGAUCAUGGGGCUGGCCUACAACAGGAUGGGCGAGCUUACCUUGAUUAAUCCAGAGGGAGAAGGCUACAAGUUUAUAUUAUCAAGAUUAAAUGCUAGUCAAGUUAGUGACAGUGAAUUGGCUAGGGUGAUAGCAGACUCCAAAUCUUACCAAACAAACAGCAGUACAAAAGCAGUCACAAAUGCGAAAUCGUUCUCGAGUCAUUUCCAGAAACUGGAGAGGAUGGAAACGAUGAGUGUAGAUUUCUGGGACUCUGAGAGCAGUGGUCACAACCAGAGCGUCGUGAUGGAGGAGAUGGAGUCCAACUCGGCGGAGAACUGCGGCAUGAAUCAGCUCAGCUGUCGGACGAGCAGCGUGUCGGAGGAGGGGAGCGACUGUGCCGACGCCGGCUGGGUGGUGGACGAUCGGACUUCGGGCGGGGGCGACGCCCGGCUGGACCGCGGGGCCGGCGCGUCGGAGCCGGAGAGCAGGCAGUUGAGGGUGCGGGAGGACGCGGGGAAGCUCCAGAUACACGUGGAGGCUCCCGGCGAGCGCUUCAACGCCUUCCAGUUCUGGCGUGUGCCUGUGCCCAACAUCGAGCUGGACAUCAGCCUCACGGAGGACGGCAAGCCGGCCGCCGUGCGCGUCACGGCCAAGGUUACGGACGAAGUGACCCAGCGGACGUUUGCCUCGGAACUGAGUGUGGACAUGGAUAUCGAAUGUGAGCUGGACAAGCUGGCGACACGGCUGGAGCAGUGCCAGCCCAGCUGCGGGGUGAGGAGUCGCCAGGCGCAGAUAUGCACGGCCAACGUCGCCACGGUGUCCGACCCGGAGGGCUCCGACAGCACGGUGGUGGGGUCAUGCGUGCAGCAGGCGGCCGUGGUCAUCAGGCCCGGGGGCGAAGUCAACACCACAGUGAACCGGACAAAAUUCAAGCUGUUCAACAGUCAUCAGGAUUUCAAUUUAGAUGACAUCUGCAAUCCUUUGAGCAGCAGGCCUAGUCUGGAGGUGAAGCAACCAGAGUCGUGUGGAGACUUUGCCCAGGAAUCGUUCCUUGUUCACCACGCAAACAUUGUGCAGCAGAACUUAGUGCCACAGCUGCUUAUCGACCACUACGUGUCUAUGACGCAUCCCUCGCUAGCCCAGAACACAGACAACGAUAUAACCCGCUAUUGUGCCUUCAGUUUGCCGGCGGUGGUUCUCACCUUGGGAAGAGAGAACUGGCCCCUGCUGAAAGAAAUGUACGGGGCACUUGCAUCAGAUUUGCAGUGGAAAGUGAGACGCACUGUGGCUUCCAGCAUACAUGAACUUGCAGUGAUUUUAGGCGAGGACAUUGCUACAUCGGACUUGGUGCCUAUUUACAACGGCUUUAUUAAAGAUGUAGAUGAAGUUCGCAUUGGAGCCUUGAAACAUCUUGCUGACUUCCUGAAGCUCGUGAAGCCUUAUGAACGCAGCUGCUACCUCCCCAAGCUGUCUCUGUUCCUGAUGACUGACAACGAAUCAAACUGGAGGUUUCGAGAGGAACUGGCUGAACAGUUACUGAUGUCGACCAACCUUUUCUCCCCAGUAGACGUCCGUAAACACCUCACCCCCUUGGCCAUCACACUUCUCUUGGAUAGAGUAGCAGCAGUACGACACGUAGCUCUGUAUCUGAUGACCCAGCUGGUGCGGAGCGUCGGCGCGGAGGUGGCGCUGGCGCGUGGGGUCGCCGCGGAGAUAGCUGAGCAGUUUGCGCACAGCACGCGCUGGGGCCGGCGCCACACGUUCGCGCUGCUGUGCUCGCGGCUGGUGGCGGAGCGCGUGCUGCCCGAGGACCAGUUCGCCUCGGACGUGCUGCCCCACCUGCUGGACCUGAGCUGGGACCGCGUGCCCAACGUGCGGCUGGCCGUGGCGCGCACACUCUCCCUGCACGUCCUCGCCCAGCGUUACUUUGCGAGCAACCAGUCUCCGCACUACGAGCUGCUGAUGCAGGUUGUCAAGAGGCUACAGAGCGACGUGGAUCGUGACGUCAGGUUCUUCGCUGUCGUGCAGCCUAGACAUACAGAACAAUGUGGGAGCAAGAGCUCGUGAGGCUGUCUUCUCAGCAUUUGCUGUUCUGCAUUUGAAGCAUUGCUCACAUAAAAAUAUAUAUUCCACAAAAGAAAGACUUGCAUGUAGAUGUGUACAUAUGUAUUUUCAUCUUUGUUUUUACAAAGUAUUCAAUUAUAAAAAAGCUUCUGUUUCUGUCAAAGUUGUUUUACACUUCACAAUGAUUUUCAACAUAUUUGUUUGUAAGUAAAACCAAAAUUUUAUAGUUAUGUACAUAAUAAUCUAAAUAAAUAUAUUUGGCCAUA